UCGUAGUUCUUGUCUGUUCAUCUGUUUAUCUGCCUGCCAGGGCAAAAGUGUUAAAAUUGGCACUUGUUAUAAAACUUACAGAUGAAGUGGUACGCAAAAAGUCCGAAUAUCAAAAGCAUCUUGAGGGUUAUAAAGCCCUGAGAACACGUUUUGAAGAACAUUAUAUUAAAGCCGGUCGUGGUGGUCGUAAAUUAGAUGAUGUUCGUGAUAAAUAUCAAAAAGCCUGCCGUAAAUUACACUUAACCCACAAUGAAUAUGUACUCUCCAUAACAGAAGCCAUUGAAGUGGAAAAGGAUUUUCGUAAUAUAUUAUUGCCCGGCCUCUUGGAACAUCAACAAUCGGUACAGGAAAGUUUUAUAUUAUUGUGGAAGAAUAUUUUACAAGAAGCCAGCCAACACAGUGAUUUAACAGCAGAUAAAUUUAAAGAAAUACAAAAACGUAUUGAUAAUGUGAUAAAUAGUAUAAAUCCCAGUGAAGAAUAUCGGGAAUUUACCGAGAAACAUAGAACCUCCCCCACCAGCCCUGUAGUAUUUCAAUUUGAUGAAUCUCUUAUCGAAGAUAUACCCGGUAAACUACAAUCCAGUACAUUGGCUGUAGAUAAUCUCACUGUGGACUGGUUGCGCACCAAACAAUUGGAACUGGAAUUGUCGGUUAAAGAUUGCCAAGAGAAACAAUUGAAAAUGAUAGAACAUGUUAAUGGUGGUUCACCGAUAAUUGCCAAUGGUACUAUAACCUCAAAUGGUUCCAUAACAAAUGGUAUACAAUCCUGCAAAGAAAAUCAAAACCGCCAAUCCAAGGACUUAAAUGCCUUAAGAUGCCAAGAAAAACAGAAACAAAAAUUAGUUGACAUGAUUAAAUUUGCCUUAAAUGAAGUUGGCUGUGAAGAACUGCCUUCGGGUUGUGAUGAUCAUUUGGAUCCUAAUUUUGAUCAUGGCUUUAAUAAUGAUAAUCAUCAGAACUCCAAUACAACUCCAUCCGUAAGUAUAAUUAAUGAACUAAGAAGACGUGGUGGCGUUUUAACACUACUACGAGGACGUCAUUUUAAACGUAAAUCAACACCACAACCUACAACGCCGACAGCUGCUACCAGAGCCAAAAGGCUUAACAACAAAAUGAAACCCAGAUCCCAGAGUUUGGGUUCAUUAUCGGUAAAUAAUCCUAAUAGUCCUGCCAGAUAUGAGCCUAUUACUAACCUACCCAUGCGCAUGGCUGCCAGUUAUGAAACGAAUAAUAAUCAAGGUUUUCUGCAUGAUUCAAGUGAUUUUGAUAAAGAUUAUACAUUACGAUUUGUGCCUUCUAAGUUAAGACGCAGUAUGAGUCAUGGUUCUAUAUGCUUAAGAAAUCCCUUUAAAGAACAGGAUGAGGAUGAUGAACUAGAGGCAAAUGCCAAUACUAACAAAGCUUUAAAUAACAAUCAUAUAUAUGCUGAUUUAGAUUUAAAGGAGGAAAGGGAAGUUGAUAAAAAUAUGGAGGUAUAUAAAGAGGAAAAGGAAAUUAUAAUUAAAACGGAAUAUCCGGCGGUAGUGGUAAAUGAAAGUCAAAGCUGUCUAAGUAAAGUUGUUAUAGAAAUAAAUAGAGUAGAUGAUGUUGUGGAAGAGGAAACUAAUAAAGAAGUAGUAGAAUGUGUAGCGGUAACAGAAACUAAGCCCGAACAAACUCCGUCCGAAAUACCCGAGGUAAUGCAAAAUUCUAUUGAUGCCCAUUUGGAUAAGAUCGAUGAACUAAAUCGUACUUUAGACAAUCGUUUAAAACGUAAUAUUACACCUCAAAUAACCGAUUUAGAUGCCAUAGAAUCUGCUGAAAUUGUAGAUGUUUUACAACGAGGGGCCAUCUGCCUUAAUGACAAUACAAACAAACGUUAUUCCACCUCCAGCUCGGAUAAAGAGGUGCAAGUUAAUUGUAACAAUCAAGCAAAUGAUAAACAGAAAAAGAGAUCUCUUUCGUUUUCACAAAAAUCCAUAAAUGCCAUACUCUGUAAUAUCAAAGAGUUUUCAAAAAGUCCUCUCACCAAAAUGCAUAUUACGACGCAGGAUAAAGACAAGGAAUCAACCAACACGGAUGCCAGCGAAACUAAUUGUUUUAGUAGCAAACAAUCCCAAGAAACAAAUAAUACUACAGCGAAUCUUUUAAAUAAAACACUGCCACCAGCUCCAGCCCCUACACCAAUACCACUAGGUGAUCUUAAUACAAACACUUCUCCCCUAAAGAACACACAAUGUAGCAAUGACACCACUAAUGAGGAUAACACAACACAAACACCACUAACAACAGCAACAACUGGCCUUAACGAACAUUUGCAACAACAACAGAAAAAACUACAUUCCCUAGAAUCUUUAAAUGUUAAUCAUUCCACUGCCAAUGAAAAUCCGUCCAAGGAUACACACAUUAUUACCUCAAAACUUAAAUUUAAAGUGCCAAAAAUACAAAAGAAAUCAAAAGCCAUACGUCAAACAUUCCGCAGUAAAUUCCUACAUUUUCAAUUGAGAAAAGGCAAACUCUGUAAGACAUGCACUAAACGUCGACGCAUACAUCCGAGUAAAAGUGUUUUUGAUUUUUCCAAAGAAUUCCAUUUCAAUACUGCCAACGAACAGAGCAACGAAGAGAAUGAAGAGUUUUGUACAUGUCCCCUAGAUCAUCCUUCCUAUCCGCCACCCUCAAAUAAACGCAUUAAUAUAACCUCCUCGCACAUCAGCAAUUGUUUCGAUGAUGAGGAUGAUGGUGAAACGAGUGAUGAUGUUUUAUCAAUGAAGGAUCAUUGCUAUUGUGUUCCAAGUCUGGCAAUGAGUGUGAGUAAAUAGUCAAGUUUAGAAGCA